AUGAGUGGACAGCAAGGGUCAUUGGGCUUUGCAGGCCUUGGGGCCAUGGGUUUCGGCACGGCUUCAAACCUUCUCAAAGCUGGCUUUAAAGUCAAUGGCUUCGAUGUUAACCCAAUUGCCUUGGCUAAAUUCAAAGAGCUCGGUGGUUCCACGUCUACAACCGCCGGUGAGGCUGGUGCUGGCCAAAGCUUGUUCCUCAUCAUGGUGGCAACACCCGCCCAGGUCGACUCUGUCAUCUUCGGAGCCGAUGGGGUGUUGAAAGCUCUGUCGGUGGGAGGCGUGAUUUGUUUGUUGAGCACUCUUCCCCCGGUAUAUGUCUUGAACUUGCGCAGUCGAUUGGAUGUCGGAAGGGCAGAUAUCAAGCUUGUGGAUUGCCCGGUAUCAGGUGGUGUUAUCAUGUUGGGAGGCAACAAAGAAGAUUUGGAUCAGGUCGACCCUGCACUACAGGCGAUUUCUUCCCCUGGUAGGCUCUUCAGGUGUGGCCCUCUAGGAUCAGCCAGCACUGUCAAGAUGCUUAAUCAACACCUUGCAGGAGUACAUAUUGUGGCUGCUGCCGAGGUGAUUGCCUUCGCUAAGGCUCUUGGCCUCUCUUCCAGGGAGGCAUAUGGUAUUCUGACCAAGAGUGAAGCUACGAGCUGGAUCAUGGGAGACCGAGGUAUCUCAAUGCUCAAUGCCGACUGGUCUCCUAAGUCUGCCGUUAGCAUCUUUACUAAAGAUCUGGGAAUCGUCAAUGACACCGCCGAUGAACUGUCUGUGCCUUGCCCAAUUGCUUCUGUUGCGAGAGAUGCCUUCCUUGAGCGUGCUGGCCGUGGCUUCGGCCGAGACGACGAUGCAAGUGUUGUAUGUAACUACGAAGGCAUCACUGGCAAGCCCGUCGCUGAGCCCAAGGGCCAAGCCUCUCUACCCUCGCCUCCUUCAGAGAGCCACGGUGAUGUCAAAGUGGCAUUCAUAAUCAAGGAUAAUGAUACCGAACUGCUCAGUCUUGCUACUGCAGCUGAAAACAAAGGGCUCAUCCCCAUUUCGGAGACUUCGAAUGAUCUGGAUACUAGGCUUAGCGAGCUACCUCAAGGGAGCAUUGUCGGAGUUUCUAGCAUUGAAAGCGAAUUAUUGGAGAAGAUCAAGACACAGAACGCUCAGCUACAAGUCUUUGACUACCAAACUUACCGAGCGUCAGAUUCUUCCGCUCUUCAGAUCAUUUUUAGCACAGAGAAUGAGAACAUUGUCUCGGCGAUUAAAGAAGUCCUCCCCCGACAGAUAACUUCAACCAGAGUUUCUGGGCCCGUAGGAUCAGCAUCCUCUAUGUGGCUCGCCAUCCGCCUCGGUUCACUAGUUCAUCUCGUGGCAGCUGCUGAAGUUUUUAGCCUGGCUGUUGCAAAAGGGGUCUCAACAGAGCUCAUCUACAGCCUGAUCUCCGGGGCUGCGGGCUCUAGCGACCAGUUUAACCAAGAGUUCCCUAAGAUGAUGAAACGGGACUUCUCAGUUACAUCAAAUAUCAAUUCCACUUUUACGAACGUGAUGAAGGACCUGGCCAUUCUUCAAAAGACAAUGAAUAAGAUUAAUUAUCCAGGUCGUUUAUUUGGAGCUGCGUACCAGACUUUCAAGAGUGUUAACCGCACAUUAGAGGAUAAGGAAACUUCCGCGGUGGCAGUGAUAGAUUUUUGGACACCCAAAUCACCCACCGCAUAA